UUUUGGGGGUCGCCAACACCAGGGGAAAGCUUCCUCACAUAAAUACAAACAAACUAACAAACGUCAGAGUAAAUGUAACCUGAAAAGCAAGCGGUUGAGUUUCGCUGUGAAACGUUGAGGAAAAAAAAAACUUGGCUUACACAUGUGAUUUAACAACAUUGCAGCGAUACGGUGAUUUUUUCCCUUCAUGGACAUAAAUACGCUUUGUCUGCUCGCAAAGCCAAGGAGCCAGUAAGUUGUUUUCCAAAUACAAAAAUAAUAAGAAAAGUUAUCAAGUUUUUUGCUGAUCCGCCAUAAAGCCCCCCGAAAAUAUUUCCAGGCUCCCAAUCAUACAACAGCAGAAGAAGAAACAGAGGCCAUAUUCGCAAACGAAGGUUUACCUUUCUGCCUUUUCAAACUAAAAACGAAUGUAAAACAAAAGCCCAAAAGCCAUACAUGUGUGGCAAUAAGUCGCAAUUUAUAUAUACCUGGCUAUGUGUGUGCUCGUGUGUGUGUGUGAAUAUGUGAGUUUUGUUUAAGCCAUAAAGUGAGAAUAUCGUUAAGGGCUUAAUCCUACUGCCAAAUAUACACGGCUGAGAGAAAAAAGUAAUCACAAAGUGUUUCGUUUACUUGACGACACAAUAUACAAAUAAGGAAUUUAUUUAAUAACGUUUAUUUAUCAAAAUACAAAAAAAAAAAAAAAAAAGAAGAAGAAAAUAGUACCCUACUACCACUAACUAAGUUUUGCAAAUUGUACAGUAAAAGGUAGACCCUAAAUGCCAAGAAUUGCAGUGGAAACAUCAAACAAUGUAAAGUUAAAAUUCCACGGAAAAACCAAGCAACUUUCUGAGCCAACUUUUACAGUGGGUAUUUUCCAUUUGCGAAAACAAAUAAAUCCAUGAAACAGAACAAAAAGAAACGAAACACAAUCCUUCGCAGACAUAAAGUAUAGCAGCAAGAAAUAAAGUUCGAAGAAUUGCUCACGGUGGCAUUGAAAGUGUUGUUAUUGCCUAAUACAAAACUCUAUAUACAUAUGUGGAUAUUAUAAUACCUUACAUAAAUUUUGUUGUAUGUGUGAAAUUUAAAAGAAGAAGAACAAGACAAAAAAAAACAAAUUAUAAUAAAAAAAUCUUAACACGCAAACCCAAGGUGAUAAAACCCCACGUGAACCAUUAAAAUUGAAACGAUUUUUAAAAAAAAGGAAUUUAAAUUUUUUUUCAAAAAAAAAACUGAAAUCAAAGCAUAUUCAAAACCCCGUUAGGAAAAAUAUAAAAUUUUUAUAAAAUACAACUAACUAAGACAACGACAAUAGCCCACCUAACGACGCAGAGGAGAGCAGAACGAAUACAGUUCCAUCAAACAUGUCUGUUCUCAAUCACUACAGCUGUAGAAAUGCAGGCGUUUUACAAGUUAUACUUCUAGUUUGGUCAUUACUCAUCGAAUGUACCAAUGCAAGAAUAGGUUACUUUUGGCACAUUACAGAUCUUCACCUGGACACAAUAUAUUCAACGGAGGGAGAUGUUAUGAGAAGUUGUUGGCGCAUCGAUCGACAACCGCCACCCAGCUCGUCCACACAUUCACCCGGUCGUUAUGGUGAUUACCUCUGUGAUAGUCCUUGGAGCCUAAUUGAGUCUGCUGCUAAAGCAAUGAAAACGCGCCAGGGCGACAAUGUGGAAUUUGUCCUGUGGACAGGAGAUGGUUUAUCUCACUCAGCACAUCCAAUGUCCGAAAUGAAAAAAUUGGAAAUCCUGCGCAACAUUACCGAUUUGCUUGGUCGAACAUUCUCUUCGCAAUUUGUAUUUCCGGUUCUGGGGCAUGAGGACGGUACAACAACAAAUUUCCGGCACAUGGGCGAUUUGUGGCGACAUUGGCUGCCAACUGAAGCAUUGCAUACAUUCGAAAAAGGUGGCUAUUAUUCCAUUGAGCAAACAAAAAGCCGUCUCCGUAUUAUAGCAUUGAAUACAAAUUUCAUGCGACAUGAUCCAAAAUAUUCGCAAAGCCAUUUGGCAGCUGUUAGGCAACGUAUGCCAUCCAAUGCCAUGAUGAAUGGUGCAGCAGUCGGCAGUGGCGGCGGUGGUGGCUCCGAUUCAUCAGAAUACAAAAAUUAUUAUUACCAUCAUGGCAACAUGCAUCAACAUCACGGUCAUGCCGGCGACUGGACAUCAGGCCAUAGCUAUGGCUAUGGCAGCCAUCAUCGUGGCAUUAAUGUAAUGCCCGGGAGCAUGCACUACAAUGGCAUGGAGACGGGUGGACGUGUAAGUGCUUUGUCGGAAUUUGAAAAUCAAGAUACAGAGAAACAAUGGAUUUGGCUGGAAGAAGUUCUAUCAAAAUCAAAGGCUAACAAGGAAACGGUCUAUAUUGUCGGACAUAUACCGCCUGGGUCGGACGAACGUCAUAUUGGCCUACUACAAAACGGUCACACCACAUUUACCGAGAGCAACAACAAACGUUAUCUGGAGCUAGUAAGAAAAUACUCAUCAAUUAUUCAGGGGCAAUUUUUCGGUCACUUGCAUUCCGAUUCAUUUCGAAUAAUAUACGACGACAAAGGUACACCUGUUUCUUGGAUGAUGAUAUCGCCAUCCGUUACACCAAGGAAAAUGAGUGUGGGUUCCAAUAAUCCUGCUAUGCGAUUAUAUAAAUUCGAUACGGACUCUGGUCAGGUUUUGGACUACACCCAGUACUACAUGGAUUUGCAGAAUGCCAAUCUACUGGGAGAGCCGAAUUGGGUGCCAGAAUACAACCUGACACACUACUAUGCCCUAAGUGAUAUAUCAGCGAUUUCGUUGCACAAUUUUGUGGAUCGCUUUACCAGCAACGAUGGAUCCUGGUUUGCCAAAUACUAUCGUGCCAACUCGGUACGCUAUCAAACCGAUCCAUGCGAUAAUAUGUGUAUGCUGAAUCACUAUUGUGCCAUUACACGUGUCGAUUACAAAGAAUUUCGCCAAUGUUUGGAAAAGGAACAAAGUGCACUGCGUUCGAAUGCCGGACACCUAAAGCAUCUAAACGGAAUUAUUCUCUCCGCAAUUCUCUGCUCUGCUGCCCUAAUAAAUUUGCGACUUGUACUAAAUCUUUUACAGGCAAUGACUCGCCUCAUAAUUACAUGUCAGCAGGAAUGUCAGGAGCACUUGAAUUUCAGCCGAUUCAUAAACACAGAGAAAUCUAAAUUACAGAGAGCAAAAACGGCCGACAAUGUCAAUCACUACAACAAUGCUAACCACAAUAAUGCACACAAUGACAAUUUAUCCGUUGAGUUGGUGGCUGGGAGCGAGCAUAGCUGUGGACACUCGUGCAUGCAACAGAAACCGAUGAGGGCUUUUCAAAUAGGUACAAACCAUUGCGACAAGGGUCACAGGAGUCACAACAAAUGUAGUGACUCCAAUAGUUUAUGCAACAGUGACAGUUCACUACAGCUCAACAACAGCAGCAGCAGCAGCAGCGAUGACAAUAAGCUACAUCUUCUGACUCUUGAUUCCGUCAAGAGCAGCAACAAUGUCAGGCAACAUAAUGGCAAAAUCCAGAGACUGGCCAUCCCCGCAGGGGAGGAUUCAAGUGAAAUUAUUAUGCAACAUCAAAACUCAGCUGCAUCCCGUCUACACACUGUCUUUAGAGUUAAAGCCGCCUCUGAUAGCCAGAAGAAUCUCCAUGUCUGUCACAAGUGCUGUGACCACAUAUUAUUAAGGCGUUGCAUGGAGUCAAUAUGUGAGUUAGGCAUUCAUCUGAACUCAUGUAGGAGUUUUGCGGGAGACCACCACCUGCUCUCGCAUUUUAGGUAUUUCUAAUUAAAUUUUGAUAAUCCAUAAGCCUGAUUACAGAGCGGGCGCAACAAUGCUGUGAGUGUAGUUUGAAUUUGAAAAUCUAAUUUUAUGCUUUUGUUUCCGACAUGAUUUCCCGUUCGUUAUGGCUUCCGGCUUUGACUGUACUUUCGGUUGCAUAUUGUUGUAAAUUAGGUUGCCGUUACACACACAUAUAUACAUAAGGCGAGGCAAAAAUACAUAAUACAUAUUUGUUUGUUGUUCUAAUAUAGGUAAUAUUUAUACAAAUAAUUAAAUCAUACAACAAUAAUUAUAAUAAUAUAGAAUGAAUAAAUGAAUGAAUGAAUGCAUAAAUAACUCAAUGUAUACACAGGCCAACUACACCAAAAGAUGUACAUUUUAUAUUGUUGUUGUUAAAUAAUUAGUUUUAAUUUUACAACCCACCACUUCAUUUGUUGCAAUUAUUUUAUCUUCGAUCAGAGCGGAGUGGAUACGGAGUGGCGCUAUAUCGCCGGUGUUGAUAUCCUCCAGCAGAUAAUGGAGACAAUGUACAUGUACAUUUGCACCAAGAAAAGGAAAUUUGUCAUUCCGUUUGUAAUACUUCGAAAUAUUUGUCGGAGACCCCAUAAAGUAUAUAUAUUCAGGAUCAGCAUUGAAUUCUAUAUCGUUUCAGCUGUUGGCCCAUCUUUCCGCCUAUCUGUCUGUUGAAAACAAUAUUAUUUGACGCAUAGCAUGCAUUCCAUUUGGCAUACACAUUUCUUGUACAGCCUCCAUAUAACGUCGUAUUUUCUAUCGGAAUUGUUUAAUAUUUGGCAUCUGUUGUUCAUAAUAGGAUUUAUCACCUAUGCAAUGUCCGGCCGUCCGUCUCUCCAUCUGCAUGACCGUUUAUUGAAAUCAAGGUAGAGUAAAUAAAUGUCCUAAAAUUGUUAGUAUUGAAAAUACCCCACAUCGGUCAACAUUUAUUUAUGGCCCCGUUAUUUCGAAGGUUUUUGUCUCAAGUUCCAACCAAAUCAGCAGUCAUUUCAAAUUUCUUUUUUUUUCAAUUCACAAUGAGGAACCACAUUUUGGUAUCAACCCCAUAGAACGGUACUUCCUAUUCUGUUUCUUCCUACUUUUAUGUAUAGGCGUCAUAGAACGAUAGCUCCAUAUUUUCGGAAGUCAAACGGUUUUGGUCCUAAUUUAUUUCCAAUCAAAUAAGGUGCAAUUUGCAGGAGGGCUUUAGGAAGACCUUCAGGUCUUCUCAUAGGAGACCACAAAAUCUUCUUAUAGAAGACCACCAGUAGUAAUACUUUCAGAAAACCAAAAGGCCUACUAUAUAGAAGAAAAAGAGGUAUUCUUAUGGAAGAUCAUAAGGUCUUCUUUAUAGAAGACCCAGAAGUCUUUUCAUAGAAGACCAAAAAUUCUUCUUUAUAGAUGACCAAGAGAUCUCCUCAUAGACGAUUAAAAGGCCAUCUUUAUAGAAAAUCAAAAAUCGUCUUUACAGAAGACUAAAAACUCUUAUUUUUAGAAUGACUAAAAGGUUUUUUUUUUAGAAGAUUUUCUUUAUAGAAGACCACUCCACUUUUUAGUGUAGUUAAGAAUUGCUGAUUUGGCCGCGAAUAUAGAGGUGGGAAAUUGGAUACAAUUUUACUCAAAUGUAUCAUAAGUCCCCAGAAUUUUGACCAUAUAGGCGUUAUAUCAUUUACAACCCUCAUUUGAAAAAUUUUAGGUUAGCAUUUGUGUUCCCAGGCGGCAGAAACCCACCCCGAAAAGAACUCACCACAUAGUAUAAAAUUUUUGUAUAGCCCCAUUAUAAAAGUAUAUUUUCCAAAUUUAUCGGCAGCAGUUCGAAAUUUCGGGUUUUCAAUAGCAAAAAUCAUUUCCACAAAAAUCCGUAGUUUCGGGCAAUUUGUUGGUAUAGCUUCCAUAUAGGUUAGUUUCAUUGUGAUUAUACUGUGUUAAAAAGGAAAAGAAAGAUUUUAAAAGGAUGGAGGAUGAUACAUCUUUAUAGAGAGAAGUAGAAAGAAUGGAGAACAAGCAUCGAAAAGAGUUGCGUUUUUGAAAGUAAAGCCUUCCCCACAUAUCCUGCAGUAUUUGACGUUAGACUUAUACCUAGCUUCCAUAUGAGUGGUCAUUACUCACGAUUUAAAAUAUUUAGCUGUAAUUUGAUAUUUAUUUUCAGAGAAUAAAACCCCACCUGUAGACAAUUUCCAAUACAGGUCAGCUAUUUGCAUACCUCAUGAAUUUCGGCAUUUUGAGAUUUUAGGCCAUGAGAUAGGAAUGGUAGUGAUAAGGUAGCUUGGGUUAUCACUGAAUAAAAUUUUCGAAUAUCGGUCCAGAUUCCAACACCUGGAGGAAAUAGCAAAUCUGGCCGUAUUGAGAUGUUAGGGUCGUAGUCUCAUUUUCCAAAUGAGAAAAGACUUUCUUCGAAAUAUAAUCUAAUCCUCUUGGUAUUGCUCCAAAUAAAAAGCUUAAUUUUGACAUUUCAAAUAACAAAUCAGGCUAAUGUUACUCAAUAUUAAUAUCGCCUUUGCCAAAAAUUAUUGAUAUAGGUCCGCAUUUUGUUGUAGCGUUUGGUGUAAUCUCCCAUAUUUGAAGGCUUCUCAAUAGUUUUUGAACGAAGUGUCAUCCGACAGAAAUGGAUGCUCUUUGUCCACGUUUUGAUAAUCCUAACGUUUGAGAGUACAUCCCAAUUGUAGAUGCUUUGAAUCACGCAUUGUCUGUAAUUUGGCAUUACAAAAAUUUUAAAAGGUACCCAUAUUUGUAUUCAAUUCGCCUUGAAAAAGACACUAUGAAGCAGUAAAUUUGGCCAAGCCGAACUUUGAAUAUCCUCACCAUUUGGAAAAAAUUUAUACAUUUUCAAAAAAAAAAAAAAAAAUCCGUUAAAAAUUAUAUUAAAAUUUUAAUCUAUUUUGGGGUCUACAUGAAGAUGAGGACCCGCAUAGGCAACUUUCUGUCAAAAGCUGUAGUAACCAUUAUGAAGUGCAAAUACGAAAUUUGAAAAAGUUCCGGAGAAUAAUGUAACUAAAAUCAUCAAAAUACCGAAUAAAGGGAGGUACUGAUAUUCAGGGGCUAUACGAAGACCUGAACCUGCAUAGAAAAUUUUCUGUCAUAGACUGUAGUACACAUUAGGAACUUCAAAUACGAAAUUUGAAACUAUUCUGGUGAAUAGUGUUGCUGAAAAUCAAAAUACCGAAUAUAGCGAGGUACCGUACCGAAAGUAACUAAAAUCAUCAAAAUACCGAAUAAAGGGAGGUACUGAUAUUCAGGGGCUAUACGAAGACCUGAACCUGCAUAGACAAUUUUCUGUCAUAGACUGUAGUGCACAUUAGGAACUUCAAAUACGAAAUUUGAAACUAUUCUGGUGAAUAGUGUCGCUGAAAAAUCAAAAUACCGAAUAUAGCGAGGUACCGUACAGAAAUACCGAAAGUACCAAGACCUGGACCUGUUUGAAAACUUCAAAUACGAAAUUUGAAAAAAUUGCUUUGAAUAAUAUAGCUGCAAUCAUCAAAGGUUAUAGUACCCGUUACGAACUGUAAAUACGAAAUAUUAAACAAUUCCGGUGAAUAAUGUCGCUUAACUCCUCAAAAUAACAAAUAUAGUGAGGUACGGUUAGAUGGAUGCUAUACAAAGAUCUGGACCUGCAUAUGCAAUUGUCUGUCAUAGGCUAUAGUACCCAUUACACAAAAUUAAAAUACGAAAUUUUAAACAUAUCCGGUGAAAACCAAAUGUCCAGCAGAUGAAACACACUUUUGUGUAAAAUUUGAUCUACCUACUUCAAUUCGUUCGGAAGCUAGAGUGAUUGCCACAGACAGACAUCACUAAAUUGACAUAGAAUUUUAUGCUAAUCUAGAUCAGGAAUAUACUCUUUGUGGAGUCAAAAAUGUAUAUUGCGAGGUGCUACAAACGGAAUGGCGAACCUAAUAUACCUUCCAUACUAUGGUGGAGGGUAUAAAAAGAGAACUCAGAAUAUUUAGAAUUUACGAAUAUUAACACCCCUCGUAUUUACACUCUGUUUGAGGAAAAGAAAACAAAAAAUUGUGUCAUAGGUCAAAUGAAAUUAUUUGUUAAAUCCUUAGGUUAUUUAAUACAAUCUCACCAACAUUUAAAUUCGUUAUUUUAAUUUCAAAUAAUUUCCAUUUGAUUAUCUUUGACAAAAACACGACAGCAAAUUAAUUAUUUAUUUGCAAUUCAUUCCAAAUAACAAUUACAAAUAUACAAAUAUCGAAUAACUUAAUUACUAAUAAGUAAAAUAAUAUAUCUAAAAAUAAAUAAAUAAAUACAUGUGUAACAACAUACACAACAACAAUAAUUUAAAAUAUAUUCUAUAGAAUAUUGAAUUACUUAUAAUAUUAGGCAUUAUGAGAAAAUCUUAUUUGUCACGCAUAUAAAUAUGUAAAAAUAAAAACAAUUACAACAACUAACAAGUUAAAAAGCAGUAAGUUCGGCCGGGCCGAACUUUUAAUACCCUCCACCAUUUGCAGCGAAUUUGGAAAUUUUCAAAAAAUAAAAUCCUUAAAAAAUUCUGUUAAAAUUUUAAAAAUACCGAAUAUAGCCGUUAUUUUGGGGUCUAUACGACGGGGACAUACAUAGGCAUUGUUGGUCAUAAGCCAUUACCAUAUUCAAAUUCGAAACUUGAAAUAAACGGUGAACAAUGUAGCUAAAAUCAUCAAAAUACCGAAUAUAGGGAGGUACCGUUAUAUGGGGGCUAUACGAAGACGUGGACCUGCACGGAUAAUUUUCCGUCUUAGGGUGUAGUAUCCAUUUUGAACUUCAAAUACCAAAUUUAAAACAAUUCCCGUGAAUAAUGUCGCUAAAAUCAUCAAAAUACCGAAUAUAGGGAGGUACCGUUAUAUGGGGG